UCGGAUUCCUUAAAUUGGCCCGGACAGCUGUCAUGCGGGUUUGCGUCGUUCAUGGGCACCACUGGGUGACUGGGCUUCCCCUCGAACAAGGAGCACGCUGCUGGCGCAGGUGCUGGCGAUGGCGUACGGCGUUCAACACUCCGUCAUUAUUGCCCUACCUCUUGGCCACCCGCGAGGCAACUUGCGCGAACUCAACUUCCUAUCGGGGCAACUUUCCUAGCCUCGACGUCCUGCCCUAAGCCUGCCAUUGGGCAGGGCGGGGGAGGUCGAGUCAGAGGAGUCGCCCACAGGCCGGGUUCCCACGCGCACUCCCCACACUUCACGUAAAGGCGCGUCUCCAGCGGCCAGGAUGGCACCAUGGGCACUGGCCUGGCUCCCAGCCGUUACCCCUCGGAGCCCCUCGCGCCCCUCGCGCCCCACCAAAAACGCCAAACGAGCUGCAAGGCGCCACUCAGUGCCCCCGCUCGCUGCACCCUUGCCCGAGCGCAACCCCGAGGUUUUAACGGCGGCCUUAUCGUGCUGGAAUUGGCUUAUCGCUGCCACACCUCCGACAGCAACUCGGCCGGAUCUCACCCGCCUAUUCAGCCAAAUGGCUCAACAACCUUAAAUCCAAUUAUUCCCAUGGAGGAAGACACAGGCAGGGUCUGGCAAUCCGAUGCCGUGAGGCAGGGCUCCCUCGAGACUCCAUGUCGUCAGUGACUUCUUGCAUUGGGAAUUUGGGCGCGGGCCCGUCGGCGAGCUGCCUUUCUCAGAGCCAAUGGGCGGUGUUGCGAGGCAGGGGAAGAAAAGGCCGACAGCGGGGUAUCGGAGCCGAUAGGAGAUUCGAUAGGCUUUGGCCGGCCGGCAAUCGCACAACGCCGGUGUCGAGACUCCAGCUUGGAGCAGGCAGGCAGGAGGAAGGAAGAUGGUCAACCCGAUGACAAUUAUGGGAGCGCAAGAUACCCAUCCUGUAUUAUACCGAGAUAAACGGCUCGGACGGCACUGUGUAUCAGCAAUCGAAAGAAAAACCCGUGCGGUCUUGCCAUUC